AUGGAGAAGUUUACUGUGAUGUUCCACCCAUGUGAAAACCUCGACAAUUACCUUAAAAACACAUACUCCUUCUCUCCAUACUACACUCAUCACUUUUUCCACAAUGAUUUAAAUACCUCCGCAAUACAAUGGGUAAGAUACGACGUGUACUAUAUUGUCGACACAUACGAGUUGUUCAUAAAGGUUUCGGGUCAGCUGUACAUGUCAAAGGAAGAUUCUGAAAUCAGGAAGUCACUGUACACGAUAUAUAACUCGAUUUUUUCAAAAAUUCCAGAAUACACACUCAUAUUAGAUGAAUCCACUUUUAAACACUUAUUAUAUAUGCGUUCAGUAGGAACACAAAAAUUUAUGCCUCCAGGCCGUAUCAUUGUUGAGAUUCCUCUAGAUAACUCGUUAAUUUUCCAACUGAGAUACUGUGUAUUUCAAGAAGAAUCAAACACACCUAAUAAUUCACCUAACGGAUCAGCAAAUUUGAAAGGUUUUUACAAGAGAACGUCUAGUGAAGACUCCUACUUCCCAGAACUGACAGAUAAGUCAAUAUAUUUUAAAAACACACUUGAGAAAGACCAUUUCGACAUUGAGUUAUACGACGAGUGUUAUAUAAACAUCUCACAUAAGGGCAAUUUUGACAAUUGCCUGAUUUAUGAUAUAAUCAAAUACAUAAACAGAUCGAAUGGCGAUAGGCAAAAAAUCCCUAGGAAAUCGACCUAUGAUCGUCUUAAUUUUGCAGUUCAGGAGAAUUUUAACAUACUCCAUAGGAGAUUAGAGUGGUUUUAUCACUGGUUUAUAGAAGGAGCCUCUAAUAUUAAGGCCGAUUCGAGGUGGUCUGUUUUUAUACCAAUGCUUAUAUUCACGUAUGACGCAUUUGAUGAUGAGUACAAGAAUACAACAAACUCCAUAUCAAAUUUACUAACAUGUAAGGAAGAGUUCCAGAAAACUAUUUUAAAUAGAUCGACCGAGAUGAAUUCGCAAAGCAUUAGGUUAAAAAUCAUGCAACAGCCAGUGGGAACGAUAUCAGAUAUGGUACAUUGUAAGAACAAAAGGACCCACUUAUCGAAAAAAUUAAACCAGUCAGGAAACCAAUAUAACGUGUCAAUAAUUGGAAUGGUUACUGCAUAUUAUUUUUUUACAUUGAACCACGACAGACUAAGAAUAUCACAGUUCUUGAUAUUUCCUAAUUACUGGGGAAAGGGGUUCGGUUUGUGGGUAUUGGAGUUUAUAUAUCGGAUGGCAAUAAUGGAUUCAAAUGUGAGAGAAAUAACCGUUGAGGAUCCCACUUCAGCUUUUCUGGUUUUGAGAUAUGUGGUGGCUCUUAAGAUAUGUUUCGAGUCAAAACUAUUGGACCCCAAUAUCCUGUAUGCAAACAACAAAAACGGACUUGGAAUAUUUAAAAUAUUUACAAAAGAAUCCACAAUCCCAUCAAAAGAUAAAAUAUGCUCAGUAUGUAAGGAGAGCAAGGCUUGUUCAUCAAAGCUGGUCGAGAUUCUACAACUCGCAUCAAUUCUGCCAUAUCCUAUUUCAACUCAAAAUUUUGUAAAUAGAUAUACAAACAAAAGGCAGAAAACUAACGAUAUAGACGUCAAGCUCAGCCUCUUCAUUCAAUCUGAUACAUACAUAGAUUACUGCGAUAAAUUGAAAAAUAAAAUAAAAUUCGAAGAAAUAAAGGGGAAUGGGAACGGAAAGAAUAUAAAAAAGAUUUCACCAGAUAAAUAUUUAAAUUCAAUCGACCCAUCAUUGGAAAAUAUGUGCAAUGAGACCAUAUCCAGUUACAUUCGAGUAAUUAAUAAACUAAGAAAAAUAUUUCCUAAAAAUUAA